GACAGCUGCGAGGUGGUCGGACCUCGAGCAGCGUCCGCGGGCUCCGGGGCGGGGGCUCGGGCGGUGAAGCCCCCUCCCCGGGGAGGCGGGGUCUGGGGGAGCCCCCCUUGCGGGGAGCGGCGGCGGCCGGGAACGAUGCAUCAGAAGCUGCUGAAGAGCGCGCAUUACAUCGAGCUGGGCAGCUACCAGUACUGGCCGGUGCUGGUGCCCCGCGGCAUCCGUCUCUACACCUACGAGCAGAUCCCCGUGUCCCUCAAGGACAAUCCUUACAUCACCGACGGCUACCGGGCCUACCUGCCUUCCAGGCUGUGUAUCAAAAGUUUGUUUAUUUUAUCUAAUGAGACGGUAAACAUCUGGAGUCAUUUGCUGGGUUUCUUUCUCUUCUUCACAUUGGGAAUAUAUGACAUGACAUCUGUGUUACCUUCCGCAAGUGCGUCCAGAGAAGAUUUUGUAAUUUGUUCUAUUUGUCUUUUCUGCUUCCAGGUCUGUAUGCUUUGCUCCGUGGGCUAUCAUCUUUUUUCCUGCCAUCGGUCAGAAAAAACCUGUCGAAGAUGGAUGGCAUUAGAUUAUGCAGGAAUUUCUAUUGGAAUACUGGGCUGCUACGUCUCAGGAGUAUUUUAUGCAUUUUAUUGUAAUAAUUAUUGGCGUCAAGUAUACUUGAUUACAGUGCUUGCCAUGAUCCUGGCAGUGUUCUUUGCUCAGAUUCAUCCCAAUUACCUUACACAGCAAUGGCAGAGACUCCGUUCUAUCAUCUUUUGUUCUGUUUCGGGAUAUGGAGUGAUCCCUACUCUUCACUGGGUUUGGCUCAACGGAGGAGUCGGUGCUCCUAUCGUACAGGACUUUGCACCUCGUGUAAUUGUGAUGUACGUGAUUGCUCUUCUUGCUUUUCUGUUCUACAUUUCCAAAGUUCCAGAAAGGUACUUUCCAGGACAACUCAACUACCUCGGAUCAAGCCACCAAAUAUGGCAUAUCCUUGCAGUAGUGAUGUUGUAUUGGUGGCAUCAGUCAACUGUGUAUGUCAUGCAGUACAGACACACCAAGCCUUGUCCUGACUAUGUUUCACAUUUGUGAAUUCAGGUAUGGCUGCCUGCUGUAUUCAGCUGUGAAGCAAUAUUUUGAUGGGGAGUUGUAUACCCCACUAUUUCUAAGAUUCCUGUUUUUUUUUUUUCCCCCUUAUUUAAUGUAUCAUGAAUAAUAUUUUAUAAAAAUGGAAAAGAUGUAUUUGAGGGUCUGUAAUAACUUUUACAGGCCCUUAAAACUACUCAUUUGCUGCUUGUACAGAAAAUGAAAAUUAGUUGUCAUUCAUAAGAAACGUUUGAAUAACGGCAAUGAAUGUUAAACCAUUGUAGAGAUAGGAUUCAUUUUACUUAACACCAGCUUAAUUUCCUUAGGAAGGGCUCAUCUCCAUUAGGAAAUGGAGUCAUCCUGUGAGACUUCAAUGGAAGAAUUUUUUAGUAGAUGAUCAAGUGUAAGUGCCUGAUGAAGGCAAGGGAUGCUACAAGCUACUAUUGUGAUUUUGAAUAAUCACUAGCCUUUAAAUACAUGCUUUGUGAGAAACUGGCACUUAGACAUUAUUUUCUUUAGCUGUAGGCUUUCCCCUCUCUAGGAACAUUGGAUUUUUUAGUUUGCCAGAACAGAAAUUUUAAACUUCUACUACUUUUAGAAAGGUGUUGAGAAGAACCUACAUUGUCAUCUUCUACCAGAUAAGAAUCACAGUAGAAACUGAUUACAUGAUUAGGUGACAAAUUUUGUGGUAUAACUAGGUUAUUAGCCACCUAGGCUUUUUAAUUCCAUAUCUAGACACUGGAUUCUUACAAGUGGGUUGCAGACUUUUUUGGUUCCAAAAAUUCCCAUAGCAUAAGAGCUUUCACCUCUGAGUUCGCAGUCCUAAAUUUUGUGGGUGUAUGGGUGCUACGGAAACCCUGGUCGCAUAGUGGUUAAGAGCUACAGCUGCUAACCAAAGGGUUAGCAGUUUCAAUCUGCCAGGCGCCCCUUGGAAACUCUAUGGGGCAGUUCUAUUUUGUCCUGUAGGGCCGCUAUGAGUCGGGAUCGACUCGAUAGAACUGGGUUUGGUGUUUUGGUUUUAUGGGUGCUACUUUCAAGGCCAUAGAAUCCAGAUGGCCCAGUCUUGAGACUGAAAAGAACCUUAAGCCUUAGAACAAAGUCAUGCAGAUGCCCCAUUUGAUGAUGUGCUUAUUCACUUUGGCUCUAGUCCUCCUCAGUUUGCACAUGUUAUUAGCAUUGCAUUGAUAACUCAUAAGAGUAUUGAUAUACACUAGCUAAUAUCUGGAACCUGACUUACGAGAUUUGGUCUUUAUUGUAUAUAUCUCACUGCCCUAUCAUACAACAUAACCCUCUUUUUCUUUGGUCUUUUUGUAUGCGUUAAUGAAGUCCUUUAAAGCAGAAGUCCAUAAAAACUUAUGUUGUUCACUGGAAUAUAAACUAUUACCCAAGUUUCUUAAUGAGUUGACAUGAGCUAUGGUAAUUACUGGCAUAUUUUCAGAACAUUAGCAUUACUAAAUUUCAGAAAUAGUGUUAAUUGAUGGUGAAGCUUAUUCCCAAAAUGCCUUUCAUGUCUCUCUUAAUAGGAAAGUUAUUUUAACGUGCUUCAGUUUAUGCAUCUGUAAAAUUUUGUAUUUGUUUUCAGUAUAGUGUUUCUUGAAUGUAAAUUCCCCACGCUAAUAUCUCAGCAAGGAGAAUUUUCCCCCAGUAGGCUUAGCAAGGGCACACUGUGUUGUACCCUUUCUUUUGAUGGAAUGCUACUUUGAAAAUGGCGAUUUUAUUUCAUAAGGCCACACAUUGGGUCCUGAGGCUAAGUGAUUAGAGUAGAUUUUGGUGUAACAAUAAUAGGUUGUAUUUCCUCUGAAACUACUUGUUGACUUAUAUGUUACUGCACUUAAAUAGAUAUUUUGCCAUAUUGGCCAAACAAAAUACACUGAGUAGUUAUUUUUAAAAUAAGGGAAAAGUCUACUACUUUUAGGUCUGGAACCAUUUUUUAUUGUAACGUCUUCUCAAAAUAAAAAUAUAUGAACAUUGUUUCUUUUUUUAACUUUUAGAAAUAUUUUUUCUUAUAGUGUAUUAUUUAAUUCUUGCCAUCUGAAUUAAGAGGUAAAAAGAGCAUAUUGUAUUUUUUAUUUUAAGAAUCUCUCUUUGAAUUUCAAAGGCAUACAGGUCUGACUUGUACAGAAUUAUACUGUGUAAACAUUUUAACAUCCCUCUUAUGAAAACGUUAAAUAUUGUAAGGAAGCUAUGCUCUCUCAUUCUUAUCUUUACUGUUAUGUAUUUAUUAUAAAGUAGGGAAUGAAAGAAUUUGGACUGCUGUCAACUAUAAGCACUUCUGUAAGUCAGCACUUACUGACCAUCUACUGUGUGCAGAGCACUACUGGCAAAAAUUUUAAGACAUUGUUAACAUUAAAGCAUAACUAUUUAAAAUCUGCCCACAAAUCUGAGCCUUGUAAUAAUGUGUACUUGUUAUUUUUGUUUUUAUAGAUUUGUUAUUAAAACAAGAUUAAAAGUACAUUAUUCAGCUAUAACAUUAAAAAAGACUGGUUUGAAUUUUACCAAUGUGUAAACUAUAAAAGCUCUUUACUUACAGACUUUAAAAAGUACAUUUUAAAAUUAUUCAUGGCUAUUUUAAAUUGUCUAUAGUGAUUUAUAGGGUUGUAGUUCUAUCAUUUGUUUAGUUAUAUCAUUUAAGAAACAAUUAUCUUUUUAUAUAAAACCAUUUUCGAAUAGCAAGAAUGUGCUUGUCUUUUGUUAUUAUAAUGAGUGCAAUUCAAUAAGCUGCAUGGCAAAAUAUGUAUUAUGUAAAUAAACUGGGUUUACUAAAUAUAUUAAGUGUAUUGUCGUUCUUUAUAAUAUAUAACAGCUUUAAAAUCAUGACUGAAGAUUCAGGGAAUAUCUGUCACAUCUUACGGCAUCCCACCUGGACCAAGUAACUGAUUUGAAGAUUCUGAUUGACUGGCAUAAAGCUGUACACCUCUCCAUUUGGCAGGUACCUUUCUUUGCCCUACGUUAAAUGCCAAGGGGCAGAGGCUGUACUUCUGUAUCCUUGCCGGCUGCUGAGCUGGUUAUCCUGAUUAAUUCCACCCUGCCAAAGUGUGUUUGGUACAAACGUAAGUGAAGAGAAUCAGCUUAAAGAUCAGGGGAGAGGCAAAUGUAGUAUCACAUCGGUUGUGCUGAUACAGAAAGAGGUAUACAGUUACGCACCAAGGUUCCCUUAAGUGCCGCAUCAUACUUCCCAUGUAGGAUAGCGAGGGAACGACCCAGAGCUGAAACCGCCUUUAGGAAACAUUUUCAGAAGGGAGAGGACAGUAUCAGCAGUAGGGGUUUCCUGCAAAAAGUAAAACUUCCAUCCUUAAGAGGGCUGAAAUGAACAGCCAUUGAGGUUCCAGGCCUACUCUAUAAAUCUGGGAUCAAAAAUACCACAUAACACACCUGUAGUUCAAUAGUGCCCACCACCUUAAAGCAAAAUUGGCCUUUUUAAAUAUGCAUUAAUUAGUAAAACCUGAAAAGCUUAUGCCCUCGAUAUAAAAAUACUGUUAACCACAUGUUAUAUAUGAUGCCUGAACUGGACUUCCUUAAAAGGAUCAGCUAUUCAAAAUAAAUAGCUCAAAUUGCAGCAUAUAUUCUUCUCUAGAUCAGUUAGCUAUAACUGAUUUUGAACAAUGAUACAUUCCACAGUUUAAUAUAGAUUUGUAAAAUUUGUUAUUAGAUUAGGAAUCAACAGUUCUAAUCAUUUGUGAUAUUUUGCUGCUUUGUACCAUUCAUUAAAAAAAUACAAAGCCCUUAUUUUUCCCCAUAACUUUAGAUAGCUGUUACUACUUCAAAAAGUAUGUUCAUUUAUAACAAACAAGAUGGGUCUCUCCACAGGCCACAAAUCUAAAAAUCUAGUUUGUUUCAAUCUGAUGAAUAGGUUUUCUCUUUAAUACGUCAGUCUUUUCUGAUAUGAUCAAGAAUUAAAGUAUUUUAACAAAAUUCAGUUAUGUUACCAGUUUUUAAAGAGUAGGAAAAUAAAUUAUAUAAUGUUAAUAAAAAAAAAAAAAUCCACUGCCAUCAAGUCGAUUGCAACUCCUAGUGACCCUAUAGGACAGAGUAGAACUGCCCCAUAAGGUUUACAAGG